AUGAUGAGCUUCUACUGUAGAGGAGAUUGUGGGCAGGAUGUAGAUAUUAACCAAGCUACCGGAAUUUUUGAAGAAAUAUUGAGGAGUGGGGAAAACCCAACUGUUGUCACAUAUAGUAUUUAUAUUCGUGGACUUUGUAAAGUUGGUUCUGUUGCUGCUGCUCUGCAAUUCAUUCGUGAAUGCAGGUAUAGAAAACUGCCUCUCAAUAGCUAUUGCUUCAAUUCUGUAAUUUAUGAAUUUUGUCAAAGAGGUGCAGUUCAUGAAGCUUUGGAAGUCUUCCAAGAAAUGCGGAGCUCAGGAGUAUUGCCUGAUGUUUGUAGCUACAUGUAUAAUUGGAGGAUUCUACAAACUGGGAUUCGUAGACAAGCAUUGGAAAUUCUAAAUUCCAUGCUACAAAGGUGUGGUGUUUUGCCAAAUACCAUCACUUGCAAUUUUAUUAUCGAUGGGCUCUGCAGAGAAGGCCGUUUCAUGGAAGCCUUGACUCUACUGGAAGAGUUCCAAGACCAAGGAAUUGACCUAAACUCUCAUUCAUAUAACGCUGUCAUCUGCAGUCUUUGCAAGAGAGGAUAUUUAAAAUGGGCAUGGGAGCUCCUUCCAAGAAUGAUGAAAAGGAAUGUGCUUCCAGGAGUUGUUAAUUAUACAACUCUCAUAGACGCUUUUGCCAAACAAUCUCAUCUAAAGAAGGCCUUAUGGUUAUACACUAAAAUGCUGAAAGUUGGAGUCAGUCCCAACACCAUCACUUAUACAGUCCUCAUUAACAUCUUUUGCCGCGUGGGCAAAAUGCAUGAAGCUUUUGGUUUUUACAAGAAAAUGAUAGAAGAUGGUUUGAAUCCAGAUCAUAUUUCAUAUACAUCUUUAAUAGCUGGUUUUUGUAGUACUGGAGAUAUGAGAAGGGCUUGGGUAGUAUUCCAAGAAAUGUUGAGGAAAGGCCUUUUGCCUGAUGUAUUUACUUACACAUGUUUGAUAGAUGGAUUUUGCAAGUUAAACCGGAUAGAUUCAGCCUCUUUUCUGUUUGAUGAAAUGAACAGAAAAGCAGUUAAUCCUAGUGUAGUCACUUACACUAUUCUCAUUGCUUGGUACCGUAAACAUGGAUAUGCAGAUCAGGCGCAUAGGUUAUAUCGUGAAAUGAGGAUAAAGGGUAUUUCACCAGAUGAUAUAACUCAUACAGUUUAUUUUGGGAGGCGGUAG